CUCUGAGAUGACAACAGUCACAUUUGUCUUCCUAACACUCUUCAUUUGGGUUUUGUCAUGUGACACAUGGCUCAACCUGGACCAGUAUGAGCAUUAUGAAGAAACAAAGGCCUUUGCUGCAUUGUGUAAAAAUGUUGCCAUUCAUGACAAUGACAACACAAAACUAACACAGACAUGUGACAGAAUUUCUGAAAUGAGUGUUGGCUCUAAUAAUAUUUUCACACAAGAGAUCAAAACAGACUGUACAGUUUAUGUGGAUCUGGCUUUGAACUGCAUGGCCUCCAAUGGAUGUGUACACCUGCUUCAAGAAUAUAGGUACACUGUGAAAGAAGAUAAGGAAAGCAAGCAUGUACAUAAAUGUAGAAUUCUGCAGUUCUUGGUAUAUUUGCUGUCCAAGACCAACUGUGUUCUACACGUGACACAGCAGAUGUCAUCCAAGGUCUAUUCAACACACUACCCAAAAGAAGUGUUUCUAACACCAGCAGAUGGCGUCAGAGUUACUGUUUACACGGGCAAAAUUGUGCAGCCAACAGAUUCCAGUAAAUGGGUGGGCAAAAUUUUUCAGGCAGCUCUGUUGCUGUUUGCGAUGCACAUGACAAGAAUAGACAUGUCAUCAAGCAGAGUCAGCCUGCAUCAUAACUGCAACUUUUCACCAUCAGUCAACAUGUACCAGCCAUCUCAGUGGUGUAUAAUACUUGCAUGCUUGACCAGUGUAGUGGGGAGAACUGUUCAUGUAUUAAUUAUCUUCAAGGCAGCUCAUCCUGUCAUGAAAUUGUCUUUUUCAACACACUAUCGAUUAAAUGCCCUACUUGUUACUGUGUUGCUCAUCUGGCUGACAUUUAGUAUUUUUUUCCUCAAUAAUAACAUGAAACAUAUGUCAAAAGACCUACUUAUUGAGGGAACUGAUGGAUCAGCACUGAGAUCCUGGGGUGUGUUAAGGCAGAUAGAGCUAUUAGCUACUUUGUGCUGUGUGUUAGUUUCCCUUUCAAGUUUGCGACAAUCCAUCCUAACAAAAGUCAGUUUCUUGAGUAUCCUUUUUCAUGUGCAAUUGGUCACCUGCCACCAGAAUUCUAGGAUCCCAACAAAGUAUCUCUUAAUUGUCAAGAUCAAUAGGUUAAUUUGAAGGUCAUUUUCAAGCAUCCAUCUCUCUCCACUACAGCUGUCAUAUGAAAUGUGAAAACAAAAUGAACAUUUGUAUUAAUGCAGAUUAAAGCUGUAUAA